GGUGUCAUGGCGGAGGCCGGCUGUGUAGUAGGACCCUCAGCAGAAAUGCUAUCUACACUCGCAGUCGAUUAAACAAUACUUUGUUUAGAAUUCACAACGGAAAAUUAAAGGGGAAACCUAUUUUACGCAUCUGGAGGAAGAAAUCAAUAAACUUGUCUCGAGUUCCCGUAAGAUCGGUUGGGGCUGCUCUCUGGGAGCUAGCUAUCGUUAGCUGCUAGCCAAAGAAAAUAAGAGAAACGGACCACAGAAGUCGGACGGCAGAGUCAGAGUGGCAGUUCGAUGUAGCUAUCAAGGUGAGCGGCAUCCAACACGUAAACCAGGGCAUCGUGGAUCAUUCAAUUUUUCUCUGAAGUGUAUAUAUUUGGGACUCGGACAUGGCUGAGCGAAGUGAAGAAGAGAGUGCGAACAAGAGCAGUGGAGAAUCAAGUAACUCAGACGAUGAGUCCGGGCCUGGGUCAGGCUCCGGUUCGGGCUCAGGCUCCAGUUCCAGCAGCAGCAGUAGUAGUAAUUCAGACAGUAGCUCAGGAAGCAGCUCGGAUUCUGGCAGCCAGUCCGAUUCCGACUCUGAGAAAUCCAAGGAGAAGAACGAACCGGAAAGCAAAGCCAAGAUCGACGGGGCCGAGUUUUGGAAGUCCAACCCAAGUAUCCUAGCAGUGCAAAGGUCCGCUAUGCUCAGGAAACAGCAACUCCAGCUGCAACAACAACAGAGCUCUUCUAACAGCGGAUCGGAUUCGUCCAGCAGUGACAAUUCAGAUGACUCAUCAGGUGGAAAGAGAAGAAAAUCAGGUUCUGGAUCGUCCUCCAGGUCUGGAUCAGGGUCCGUGAGUGGUUCCGGCUCUGACUCGUCAGCACAGGAACAGGCGCGCAGCGAAGAGUCCGACAAUUACGACCCCAGUCACAAAGUCAAAAGUAGAAAGCCUCCAACCAAGGCAAACACCAGAAACGAGAAGAAGAGCAACGUGCAGAGGAAAAAGCCCUCGGCGGGCUCGUCAUCGGACGACGGCAAGAAAUCGUCAUCGAACCAGGGGCCCAGGCGCCAGGCCACGCAGAACGUCAGCUACAAGGAGGACGACGAUGCGAAGACAGACUCAGACGACCUGGUGGAGGUGUGCGGGGAGGACGUACCCCCGCCGGAUGAGAAUGAGUUUGAGACCCUGGAGCGAGUGAUGGAGACGCGGCUAGGGAGGAGAGGAGCAACGGGAGGCACCACCACAGUGUACGCAGUGGAGGCAGACGGAGACCCCAACGCCAACUUCAAUGUCAGCAAGGAGGCGGGUGACCAGCAGUACCUGAUAAAGUGGAAAGGCUGGUCCCACAUCCACAACACCUGGGAGACGGAGGAGACGCUCAAGCUGCAGAACGUCAAGGGCAUGAAGAAACUGGAUAACUUCAAGAAGAGGGAAUUGGACAAGCGGAAAUGGAUUCAAUGUUCUUCACCAGAGGAUGUGGAGUACUUCAACUGUCAACAGGAGCUCAUGGAUGAUUUGCACUCACAAUAUCAGCUGGUGGAGAGGAUAAUUGGGCAUUCGAAUCAGAAGUCGGCGGCAGGUUUCCCGGACUACCUGUGCAAAUGGCAGGGCCUGCCGUAUUCUGAGUGCAGCUGGGAGGACGGAGCCCUCAUCUCCAGAAAGUACCAGAAAAGCAUAGAUGACUACAUGCGCAGAAACCAGUCCAAGUCCAUUCCCUCCAGAGAUUGCAAGGUGUUGAAGCAAAGGCCGAGGUUUAUGCCCAUGAAGAAACAGCCAUCCUAUAUCGGAGGAGAUGGACUGGAGCUCAGAGACUACCAGUUGGACAGCUUGAACUGGAUGGCUCACUCCUGGUGCAAGGGGAACAGUUGUAUCUUGGCUGACGAGAUGGGCCUGGGCAAGACAAUCCAGACCAUCUCGUUCCUCAACUACCUGUUCCACGACCACCAGCUGUACGGACCCUUCCUGCUGGUGGUGCCCCUGUCCACGCUAGUCUCCUGGCAGAGGGAGAUCCACCUGUGGGCCCCCCUCAUGAACGUUGUGGUCUACCUGGGUGACAUCAGCAGCCGGGGCAUGAUCCGAACGCAUGAAUGGAUGCACGUUCAGAACAAGAGACUUAAGUUAAACAUUCUGCUUACAACAUAUGAAAUUCUCCUCAAAGAUAAGGGAUUCCUGGGCAACGUGCCGUGGGCCUUCAUCGGCGUGGAUGAGGCCCACCGGCUGAAGAAUGAUGACUCGCUGCUAUACAAGACCAUGAUGGACUUCAAGUCCAACCACAGGCUCCUCAUCACGGGCACACCGCUUCAGAACUCGCUCAAAGAGCUCUGGUCCCUGCUGCACUUCAUCAUGCCUGACAAGUUCCACUCGUGGGAGAUAUUUGAGGAGGAGCAUGGGAAGGGCAGGGACUCUGGCUACACCAGUCUACACAAGGAGCUGGAGCCCUUUCUGCUGCGUAGAGUCAAGAAGGAUGUGGAGAAGUCUCUUCCUGCUAAAGUGGAGCAGAUCCUCCGAGUGGAGAUGAGCGCCAUCCAGAAACAAUACUACAAGUGGAUCCUGACGAGGAACUAUAAGGCCCUGAGCAAAGGCACCAAGGGCAGCACGUCGGGCUUCCUCAACAUCAUGAUGGAGCUGAAGAAGUGCUGCAACCACUGCUACCUUAUUAAGCCCCCCGAGGACAACGAGUUCAACACCAAACAAGAGGCCUUACAGCUCCUGAUCCGGAGCAGUGGGAAGCUGGUGUUGCUGGACAAGCUGCUGGUGCGUCUACGGGGGCGGGGCCACCGCGUGCUUAUCUUCUCCCAGAUGGUCCGGAUGCUGGACAUCCUGGCCGAGUACCUGAAGAGCCGCCAGUUCCUGUUCCAGAGAUUGGAUGGCUCCAUCAAGGGAGAGAUGAGGAAACAGGCGCUGGACCAUUUCAACGCUGAGGGCUCUGAGGAUUUCUGCUUCCUGUUGUCGACGCGGGCGGGCGGCCUGGGCAUCAACCUGGCAUCGGCAGACACGGUGAUCAUCUUCGACUCGGACUGGAACCCCCAGAAUGACCUGCAGGCCCAGGCCAGAGCCCACAGGAUUGGCCAGAAGAGACAGGUGAACAUCUACCGCCUGGUGACCAAGAGCUCGGUGGAGGAGGAGAUCAUUGAGCGGGCCAAGAAGAAGAUGGUGCUGGACCACCUGGUCAUCCAGAGGAUGGACACCACGGGAAAGACCGUCCUCCACACCGGCACCGCUCCCUCCAGUGCCACUCCGUUCAACAAGGAGGAACUGUCGGCCAUUUUGAAGUUUGGUGCUGAGGAGCUCUUCAAAGAGCAGGAGGGGGAGGAGCAGGAGCCUCAGGAUAUGGACAUCGAUGAUAUCCUGAAGAGAGCCGAGACCAGAGAGAAUGACCCCGGCCCCUCCACUGUGGGAGAGGAGCUUCUCUCACAAUUCAAGGUGGCCAACUUUUUCAUGAUGGAGGAGGAGGAGAUCGUCAUGGACUCUGAGCGCCACCAUCGGGGCUGGGACGACAUCAUCCCCGAGGCGCAGCGGUGGCAGAUGGAGGAGGAGGAGAGGCAGAAGGAGCUGGAGGAGAUCUACCUGCUGCCACGCAUGAGGAACUGUGCCAAACAGAUCAGCUUUAACGGCAAUGAUAGCCGACGGAGCAGAAACAGGCAGUACUCAGGCUCCCACAGCGACUCCGCCUCGGAUCGCAAGAGGCCCAAGAAACGAGGACGACCUCGGACCAUUCCACGAGAAAACAUCAAGGGCUUCAGCGACACUGAGAUACGAAGAUUUAUCAAGAGCUACAAGAAGUUUGGUGGACCACUUGAAAGAUUGGACGCUAUCGCCCGCGAUGCCGAGCUGGUGGAUAAGUCUGAGUACGACCUGAAGCGCCUGGCGGAGACUGUUCACAACGGCUGCCUGAAGACCCUCAGGGAGAACCCCUGCAGACCAGAGAAGACAUCAGGGGGCAGAAGAGGGAAAGUGAAAGGUCCCACGUUCAGGAUCUCGGGCGUCCAGGUGAACGCCAAGCUGGUCAUCUCCCACGAGAGGGAGCUGGUGCCGCUCCACAAAGCCAUUCCUGCCGACCCUGAGGAGAGGAAGAGGUACACGAUUCCGUUUCCCUCCAAGGCAGCACACUUUGGCAUUGACUGGGGCAAGGAGGACGACUCCAGCCUGCUCAUAGGAAUCUACGAGUACGGUUACGGCAGCUGGGAAAUGAUCAAGAUGGACCCCGACCUCAACCUGACACACAAGCUCCUGCCAGACGACCCUGACAAGAAGCCACAGGCCAAGCAACUGCAGACGAGAGCGGACUACCUCAUCAAAUUAUUGAGCAAGGACCUGGCCAAAAAGGAAGUACAGAGGCAAACAGGGACAGCCAACUCACGGAAAAGGAAACUGAGUAAGAAGAACAAAGCUGUGAAGCCAGCCGAAGUGGACGAAGUGGUGAAGAGUCUGUCCUCGGAGCCCCCCUCAGAGAAGUCCUCAGAGGACGAGAUUGAGGAGGAAAAGGAGGUGGUCCCAGUGAAGUCGCCGCCCAGAAGGGGCCGAGCGGAGCGCAUGGUGGUGAAGGAGGAGGAGGAGAAGCCUGAGCCAGAGAAGGUGCCCUCGCCGCCCGAGGAGAAAAGGGAGCCCAAAGAAAGGGAGAUUAAAAAGGAGAAGGAGGAGAGCCGGGAGGUGAAAGAGAAGGAGCUUAAAGAGAAGAAGGACACCAAGCAUGUGGAGCCAGUACAUAAACAGGAAGAGGUCACAGGGGAGAAGCAGCCGUGCGAGGUGAAGGCUGAGGUACGAGAUAAGGUGAAGAAGGCCUCAGACACUCCAGUCCACAUCACAGCAGGAGACGAGAACGUGCCCAUCUCAGAAGAGUCGGAGGAACUCGACCAGAAGACCUUCAGUGUGUGCAAGGAGAGGAUGCGACCGGUCAAGGCGGCCCUGAAGCAGCUGGACCGGCCGGAGAAGGGCCUAUCGGAACGCGAGCAGCUGGAGCACACGCGCCAGUGCCUCAUCAAGAUCGGAGACCACAUCACUGAGUGUCUCAAGGAGUACUCCAACCCCGAGCAGAUAAAACAGUGGAGAAAAAACCUGUGGAUAUUUGUUUCAAAGUUCACAGAAUUUGAUGCAAGAAAAUUGCAUAAAUUGUAUAAGCACGCAAUCAAGAAAAGACAAGAGAAUGCUCAGGCAGCUGACCAGAACACUAGCACUGUAAAUACCCAUGGCUUUAAACACACAGACAUCGAGAGGCUGAAGGACAACUCUCACCACGAAGACAGCAGCAGGGACCGCUACAGCUCUGAGCGGCACCACUCUUCGUCACGCUACCACGAGCACAGCGGCAGCAAGGACCGUGACAACCGGGACAGGCAUACCUCCGUGGACCCCUACAACAGGAAGUGGGGGAGCGGGGGAGAAUCCAGGAAGAGACCCUACUUGUCCUUCAGCAACGGCAAAGACCACCAAGUCCACUACCGGUCAGACCGGCAGGACAGCAGAUACUACAACGACACUAAGCACAGGAAGGUGGACGAGCACCGGUCAGGCCGAGACAGACGGAUGGACAGCAAGGAGCGCUUCAACUCAGACCACCACUCGCAUUCCGAACACCGCUCAUACUCAGAGCACAAGUCGUCAUCACGAGGCGACUCCUACCGCUACCACUCAGACUGGCAGAUAGACCACCGGGCGUCGGCCAGCGGGCCCCGUUCACCGUGCGACCAGCGCUCGUCCUAUGACGGACGCUCGCCUCUGGGCCACCGUUCGCCUUUCGAGUACUCAUCAGACCACAAGAGCACGCCGGAGCAGAUCUGGAGCAGCCGAAAGACAUAACAGCCAGCUUCGGCCUGGGCCAAAGGAGCUGGCCUAGCGGCGAGAGUAUCAGCCAUAGACACACAUUGAACACAGGAAAUGCCUUAUGGGGAAUGUGGAAGAAAACAAAGCUGUACUGUGCACUGUGUAUCUGUGGGCUCAGCGUACCUGUGGUGUCCACUCUGCAAUAGUGCACCACAUCCCAGGAACGAUAGGGGUGGGAGCAGGAUGACAGACAUUUUAAUAUUUUUUUAUUUAAGAGUUGAAAGCUGCACUGUGCCAUAGGUGUCGCAGCAUAGUUUCUUUUCUUAUUUUUAUAAAAUGGACGCCUUUAAAAAAAAUACUCAAACAGACACAAAUACCCUCGAGAGCUGCCCACACAUCUCACCAAACCACAACACUGGAUCCUGCUAUUGACUGUUUGUUUUCUCUCAUUCUUAAUGUGGUUCUCAAGCUUAUUUAAAGAAGUGUUAAAUCAAGAGGUAAAGUAACAUUAUGUAGUUGUCUGGAAAUCAUGCUAAGAGUGGAUGUUAGGGUCUCAUCAAAAUGCAGUCUGAAGGACUUGGGCUCUCCUUCCAAAGUACCUUGUUUACAGUGUUUCUUGUGCCCACCUUGCCGAUCAGUUUUUUUUUUUUUCAUCAUGCUUGAAUUAAUUAAUUUCUGUCUGCUGUAAAAUAACCUGGAUUUUUUUUUGGGAUCAACUGAAAAUGUCCCCUUUUCACGAAUUAUACUACUGUAAAAUAGUAACUCAAUAGGCUUUUUCCUCUCAGGCUUUUUUAUCUUUAUUAUUACUACUCUUUCCCCAUCAACUCAGGCUUUUUUUUUGUCAGUUUUAAAUUGAGUCAGUUUUCAUACGACAAUUAAUUUUAAUGAUAAAUGCUAGUCAGAAUGCAACUUUGGUAAACUGGGGAAAUUAUUCCAUUAGCCUAUUAUUCCUCUAGAGGGACGACUUAGUUUAUUUCUGUUUCUCUUAUGUUAAUUCUCUGUUGUGAAUACGUGUCAGAAUCGACGAGUUGAAAGCGCUCACAUUUUACUACAACGUCAUGGAAAACCAGGAGAGCGGUCUAUCAAAUAAAAGCGCCUGUUAGAUCUCAAAUAAACUAGUCUUUUUACAGAAAUCAUUUUCUUUUCUUUUUAUGUAGGCAAUAAUGUCAAAUCUUCUAUGCAGCCAAGUGUAUUUCUGGUGAACAGCCAGAAGAUGCUGUUACAGUUCACACUGUUGUACAUAGAUUUCCUCUAUAUUUCAAAAAUGUAUUUACACUGAAAAUGCAUUGGUUUUUAAGAUAAUUGUUUUAUAUAGUUUAUAAAGUAAUUAAACUCAAUCACUGUACUCGUAA